AUGAGCUCUGCAAGCAACAACACUGAGCUCGCGCCGUGGCUGGCCAUCCCCUGUCGCGCUGUCUCGGCCAUCGAACAUCCAUGCGUCAUCAGAAACGUUGACAAGGGCAUUACCUCAUUAGGCGGGUCAGUCAAACUGAGCAAGGGUCUGAGAUUCAAGCUGGAAACGGCCACCAACGUUGAGGGUGAUGAUGAGCUUAAGAAGCUUAUUUCUGUGUCACUGCGGCCAAACGACCCUUUCGCCAAGCGUCUGCUGUCAACGCCGGUGACGACCAACAACCUACUACUGAAGGUGACAGUGCCCAAGCGGACUGGCAGAAAGAGAAAGCGUGGUACCACAGGACCGUUUGUGAACGAAGACGAACUUGUGGGAGCGAACAACGGCACUCACUCCGUCAGUGCAGGCCGAGCGAAGAGCAACUAUGUCGAAGCUUCAGACAUCUACCGAAUGUUGCAGGACAAUGCGUCAAAGUACAAAGUUGCAUUUGCUGGUGUGGUCGAAGAGACGCAUCGCUUUCGAGCCAUGCCGGACCUGCAAUAUGCUGCGUCUCAUAACGAUGUAAUGGUCGACGCCGAUCUCAAGAAAUAUAACAUCAACACAGCGGCUGGCGCAGACCUAACGAAGAGUGUCGGUCCCUCAGCAGAAUUUCUGCAGAUGCCAAUUGCGUUCAACUACAAGUUCCAGCAAAACGCUUACGUCAAGUAUACUGACCAAGGCGAGGUCAACCUGCAGAGACGCUUCCAGUACAACAGCUACAUCAUUCUCAAACCCACAAACGACACUGUACCGACAAAGCCAAAGCCGACCCUGCAGCAAGAGUCGUCCCUUACGCCUUAUCUGCAGACACUAGUCGCUCAGAUUAAAGAUCUACUAAAAGAAAGACCUAUCAUCACACGACACAUGCUCUACAACAAGCUUGGCUGGGACAAGCGUACCCGACUACGACAAGCUGCUGUGUAUUGCGGUUACUUCUUCGAGAGUGGCCCAUGGCGAGAAGCACUCAUCGCCUGGGGAGUCGACCCUCGUAAAGACCCUCAUUAUCGAAAGUACCAGACUGUGUCAUUCAUGUCAUACAAGAAGCGAGGCACUACUAGGCACCACGAUGCGUUCGACAAACACGUCCAAGAACUGAGCCGGAUGACAACAGAGCAACUUGAGCACCAACAUACAUUUGACGGCGUCCAUGCCUCCGAUACGGGUAAUACAUUCCAGUUUUGCGACAUUACCGAUCCGCUGCUAGCCAAUAUUCUGGCAACAGAGGACAUUCGAACGACAUGCGCUCCAACUUUCCAGGGGUGGUACCAUGUUGGCACAUGGGCCAAAGUGACUGUCAUAUUGAAGGACAAGAUGAACACGAUUAUAGGCGGCGAGGUACCCGAUGAUUCUUUGUACCAGCGCGUCUGUCAGUGGCCAGAACUCUGGGACGACAGGGAACUGUAUGACACCUACAGAGAUGAAGUCAACGAUCGUGAGGUGCACGAAACAAAACGACGGGAACACGAUAUCAUGCACAGCGUACGCAUCGCUGCAAGAAACCCAAGAUACGCAUUUGAGAAGAUGGAGAAGAAGGAUGAGACAGAGCCCAACGCGGCCGAAGACCGCGAUACAGAGCUUGCUGAGGAUACGGAGAUUCCGGAAGACUUGACCGAAUACCCAGAUAACCCAGACACAGCAGAAGCAACUUCCAAUGAUGUUGUCGAGACUGUUGGAAGUAGUGAUAUCGAAGACGAUGAUGAAGAGGAAGAAGACGAGGAUGAUGAUGAUGAUGAUGAUGAUGAUGAUGAUGAUGAUGAUGAUGAGGACGACGAGGAUCGGGAGCCAAUUACGGAAGAGGAUGGCAUUUGGGAGGAGGAUGACGAUGACGAUGCUGCGGUCGUGUAUGCACGAGCGGUGUCAGAGGGUCCUACACCAUUCGGUGGUCUGUACAAUGUCUAA